AUGGGUGAUGAAACAAAGAUUGAUCCUUCAUCUCCUUACUACCUCGGUGCCGGCGAUCAACCCGGAAAUCUUAUCACUCACGUGAUUUUCAAGGGCGAUAAUUAUAUUGCUUGGUCUAGGGCAAUUAUGCUGUCUCUAAAAUCUCGACAGAAAUUUGGGUUCGUUGAUGGAACAAUCGUUAUGCCAUCGGACGAGAAGAAAAUUUUAGAUUGGGAAACCGUUAACUCUAUGAUUGUGUCUUGGCUUUUACGAUCAAUUGAUUCUAAAAUAUCUGCUGCUAUUCCAUAUUUUGAGGAAGCAAAGAAAUUGUGGGAUUUCUUGGAGAAGAGGUACUGUGUUGCUAGCGGUCCUCGUCUUCAACAACUUCGGGCUUCGAUUACUAAUUGCCGUCAAUCGAAGUCCAUGUCUGUCCACGAGUAUUAUACGAAACUAAUGAGUUACUAUGAUGAUCUUGCUAGACUCAAGCCGCCACAUGGUUGCGAGUGCGGCAAGUGUACCUGUUCGGUUGCCUCGAAGUAUCAGUCGGACAAGGACGAAGAGGUUUUACACCAGUUUUUGAUCGGUAUUGAUGACGACUGCUAUUCUGUUGUUCGAACUAAUUUAUUGUCCCAACAACCCCCUGUCACUUUGGACAGAGCAUACCAGGCGUUUUUACAGGAAGAACGCUCUCGUGGUAUCGCUCAUAGCAAGGGCAACACUGACCGUGAUGAUGUUCAUGUCUUUGCCGUCACUUCGGAUCGCUUCAAGAGCUCCACCAUACGCCGUGAUAAGUCGAAGCUUUUCUGCUCUCACUGUCAACGGCGUGGCCACGAUAACGUUGGCUGUUUUCUCUUACAUGGCUACCCAGAGUGGUGGCUCGACAAAUACGGCCCUCAAGCUUCUACUGCCUCGAAACCUGCUGCUCCGCCUAAGUCUGCUGCCUUUGAUCGGAACCUGCUGCCGCCUAAAUCUGCUGUCCAUUCUUCGAUUCGUGCUCACGCAGUGGGGGGUGGGCCUGUUCCUGGUUCAUCUUCUACUGCUUCUAUUGAUGCCACUCUUCCGCUUUCAUCACUUAAUGAUCUUCAACCUGAACAUCUUACUAUGCUAUUAAAUAUGUUUAAUAAAACUCAACAAGACAAGCUACUUGGUGAGUUUUUGUCUUUGCCUUGGAUAAUUGACACGGGAGCUUCUCACCAUGUAACUGGAUCUGAAUUAUGUUUGAUGGAUGUCACACCAAUUUCACCUUGUCCUGUGGGUCUUCCCGAUGGUACACAGGCUUUCGCCACAAAGGAGGGUCGCGUCCAACUAUCGGAUGGAAUCAUUCUUCAUAAUGUUUUAUUUGUUCCACAAUUAAACUGCAAUUUAAUUUCGGUGUCGAAAAUGAUUGAUGAUUCGAAAUGUUAUGUACGAUUCACUGACUAUUUAUGUGCUAUACAGGACCAACUUUCGGGGAGCCUGAUUGGAGGAGGUGAACGGAUAGAUGGACUCUACUUUUUCCGGCGGGUUCCUACAGUGUGCGCGGUUCGAAGCCCGGAGAUAUCUACGUUCUAA